UUUCCUAAAUCUGUAUAUAUAUGUAAAAGCCCUUUUUGCUUCCUUAUAUUUCUGCAUUUUUAAAUUUAAUCUAAUAUAAUAAUGGAUGAAAAAUCAAGCCAAGUACCUCUUCUCUCAACAAAACAAGAUACCAGUGGCUAUGGCGGCGGCUACUCCAAGAAGAAACCCAUUUUGCUGACGUCAGCAAAAUGGAUUCUCAGAGUGGCAAUGUGGGUAAUUUUCGUUGCAUGGGCUUCUUUCAUUUUUCUCUUCCCAUCUGAUUUCGUCAGCGGUUUGUACAACAAAUGGCUUCUUGUUUCCGACGGAACUCUGUUCGGUUACACAGGGAGUAUAUUUAUGCUUUUUAGUGCCCCAAUCCUCGUUCUUGCGUUUCUUGCCACUGCGUAUAUUGUUCUUGUUGGGGAAGAAACAAUUGAGGGGAAUGAGAUUUCAAGGCGGCAGCCGCCACGGUUCCGGCUGUGGACGUUUCCGGUUGUCGUCGACGGACCAUUCGGGGUGGUCUCCGCCGCCGAGAUGAUCGGGAUAUUCCUUUUCACGGCGUACGUCGCUUGGGCUGUUUCGGUCGAAAUUGUCAAGAACAGUCAAUUCGUGUCAUUGUUACAUCUUCCUUCAAGAGAGAAGAGUGUUUAUAUGCUGGAACUCACCGCCCUUCGUAUGGGUUUGAUCGGACUAUUUUGCUUAGGCUUUUUGUUUUUGCCCGUCGCACGAGGCUCGAUUCUUCUUCGUCUUAUAGAUAUACCCUUCGAACAUGCCGUAAGAUAUCACGUUUGGCUAGGACACCUCACAAUGUUGCUAUUCACACUACACGGCCUCUUCUACGUGAUUGGUUGGACAAUCGACGGGCGCCUAAUUCACGAGCUACUAGAGUGGGAUAAUAUAGGCGUUGCGAAUCUGCCAGGUGUCAUCGCCCUAGUGGCCGGUAUACUUAUGUGGGUGACAUCACUACCCGGUGUGAGGAGGAUUAAUUUCGAGUUAUUUUUCUACACACACCAAUUAUACAUAGUCUUCGUUGUCUGCUUGGCUUUGCAUGUCGGCGAUUUCCUCUUCUGUUUCGCUGCCGGAGGAAUAUUCCUUUUCAUGCUCGAUCGUUUUCUUAGAUUCUGUCAGUCAAAAAGGACGGUCAACGUCCUUACCGCAAGAUCCUUCCCGUGUGGCACUCUUGAACUAGUUCUUUCCAAACCCGCAAAUUUGCACUAUAAUGCACUUGGAUGGAUUUUUCUUCGAGUUCGAGAAUUAUCUUGGCUUCAAUGGCAUCCAUUUAGUGUAUCUUCAAGUCCUCUUGAUGGUAAACACCAUGUUGCUAUCCUUAUAAAGGUUCUCGGUGACUGGACCGAGAAACUCGAGAAAAGUAUCUCGAUUAUGUCUGAGAAAGGACAACAACCUUAUCCCGAAAUUACGGCUUCUGUCGAAGGGCCUUACGGUCAUGAAUCGCCUUACCACUUGACGUACGAAAACCUCAUAUUGAUAGCGGGCGGAAUCGGAAUUUCGCCGUUUCUUGCUAUACUAAGUGACAUUCUUCACCGAAUCAAAGAUGGGAAACCUUGUCUGCCUAAAAACGUACUCAUAAUAUGGGCGGUUAAAACAUCGAUCGAGCUUCCACUUCUUAGUACAGUUGGCAUCAAUUCGAACUUUCCAUCUUUCUCCGAUUCACUCAACCUCGAAAUCAAAACUUACGUCACUCGAGAAUCGGAGCCUUCAUUGGAAGAAGGAAAAUUGAUCGAGCCCGUUAAUUCUGCCGUUUUUCGAGCCUCGAAGAAAUGCGGGAUAUCUGUAUUGGUUGGGACUGGAAACAUAGUAUGGUCUGGAUUAUAUGUUAUUGCAUCGACACUUGGUUUGGUAAUAACCGUGGCUUUGCUCGAUAUUCAUUACAUAAAUCCUUACAACGUGGAUUAUUGGUGGUACAAGGGGCUUCUGUUUAUUGUGUGCAUGGUAGCGAGUGUUAUUCUCUUCGGAGGUGCGGUGAUUGGAUUAUGGCAUUUUUGGGAAAUUAAAAAUUCGGUUCGUGACGAAUUUGACGAGAAGUUAACGAACGGAAAUCCGCAAGAAAAUGAGCCGAAAAUCGACAAGAAUUACGGCAAGGAACAAUACUUAAACACCGUUCGGUAUGGUCAGAGGCCGGAGUUCAAAGAAAUAUUUGAAUCAAGUGCAGAAAAAUGGGGAAUGGUUGACAUAGGUGUAAUAGUUUGUGGGCCUUCAACUCUUCAGAAAAGUGUUGCUAAAGAGUGUCGAACACAGAAUCUCAGUCGAAGGGGCAAUCAGGCCAUUUUCCAUUUCAACAGCCACAGCUUUGAUCUCUAAUAUAUUGGGAAUUUUAUAGUUUUCAUCCCUCAAGUUUGUACGGUUUCACAUUUGGUCCUCAUGUUCACAAAAAAACACAUUUAGUCCCUCGGGUUUCAGUAAUUUAACCAUUUUGAUCAUUUCCGUCAAUUUCCUGUUUGUCCUUCAGUUAAGAUGGGCACACGAUUGAUUCCGUUAGAAGUAAUGGAAAAUUGACGGAAAUGACUAAAAACGUUGAAUUUUUGAAACACGAGGGACUAAAUCUAUUUUUUGUGAAUAAGGAGGACCAAUAAUGAAAUCGAGGUAAACUUAAGGGAUGAAAAAUGUAUUAUUUUUUUCCCACAUAUAUAUAAUUAAUAGUUUAAUAAAAUAAGAUGAAGCAUGAUAUGAUUGUAUAUACCUUCAAAAGUAAAUAGACAUGUAUAGAUGCUUUAUUUAUUAAUUAUAUAGGAAAAAUGAAAUAUAGCUGAGAAGCAAAAGUUGGUGGUGUUUGUAAACUGUAAAGUAUUGCUGAACAAUACAAUACAUAAAUCGGUGUUGAGAAAUAAAUUGUGAAAGUAUUAAUUACUUGUAUUUGUUAUAGUCCAAAUUAUGAUUGAGUUUUUAAAAUAGUUGUAAAUCUUGUUUAAUGAAAUGAAUUUAAUUAUUUA